UUCUUUUCCUGGCAGAUACUUAAUUGUCCAUCUUGGUCUGCUUCAAGAAAACCCGUUGGCAGGGUUGAUUGUUCUAUGCUGGGAAUCGUUCUUUACCCCACAGUCGUUACCCUUGUUCUGGACCAGUCUGUUGUAGUGGUCAACGCAGAUACCCUCGACCGAGUUGGGGAUUCACUUCCUCGUCUCUAGUUCCUCUUGUCUUGUGGAAUAGACGGUCCGGAGUCGACGCCAUGUCGACUCCCACGGAGGAACUCAACGACCCCAAGUACACAGAAGCGGGAAAGAGGGACAGAAACAGCGCGGACAACUCUCCAUCAGACGAUGGCACCUUCAUUGGUGAAGGGCCAGCAGAGCCCAACGAGACCAACGAAUCCAACGAGCCCAACCGCAACUACUUGAACAUCGACACCAUCGACGUACCUCCUCCGCCGCUAAGGGUUGAGCCUUCGCCAUCCCAGGCUCGUGAGCAAGCCAAGCGGCUGGAGGAUGAUCUCGCCCUGUUGGAGGCCGAGAGGACCGCUGCUGCCAGCACCAGCCAGCUGGACGAAGGUGGGAGCGGACGCUCAACAUCAAUGAACCGGUCUCGCUCGCACAAGUCCGAGCCGAUAGACGAGUUUGAUGCAGCGACGAACCCGCUGCAUGAGACGGCUGCUCGUUACACGCCUCCGGAGAAUCCAACCACUAAUUUCGCCAAAUUCUUCAUCAAAGUCCAUCAAUCCAAUCUCUUCGUCCGCUACUUCACCUAUAUCGUCCCUGUCGUUUUGUUGCUGCUCAUUCCGCUCCUGGUGGGCGCACUACGCUUCAAAACCGCCAAUGUCGGCGGUGUCGAGCUAGUUUGGUUCUCGGUUUGGUUGGAAAUUGUCUGGUUGACACUAUGGGCAGGCAGAAUCGCCGCCAAGUGCCUUCCCGGGCCCAUUGGGAUCAUUUCUACUAUUUUCACCAAUAAUUCGAAGAAGUGGCGCGAUCUCGGAAAAUCGCUCGAAUUGCCGGCGACGUUGUUCUUCUGGUGGUUGGGUGUGGAAAUUUCAUUCCUUCCUACUAUGAAGAACCAUCACAUCGACGGCAAUACAACAACGCGGGGUUGGGAAAUCACCGUGAAUAAGAUCAUUGUCUCGAUCUUUGUGGGGACGAUCCUCAACUUUAUCGAAAAAAUCAUCAUCCAGUUGAUCGCCAUCAGCUUCCAUCUUCGUACCUACGCGGACCGCAUUGAGAUCAACAAAUUCCAGAUCGGGAGUUUGACCAAGCUCUACGCUUACUCGAAGCAGAUCAUUGCUAUGGAAGACACCGAGUUUGAGCAGCAUGACGAGAAGAAGUCUGGUGUCAGAACACCGCUAAAGUACGCCAGUAAAGCCCAGAAGGCCGCCAGAGGUGCUCUCAACAAAGUUGGGGACGUCGCUGGUGGCGUAGUUGGUGAUUUCACUGGCAAGAAGGUGAACAACAGUUCGCAUCCGCACCAGGUCAUCCUGGCACUGCUCAGCACCACGUCGGGCAGUCAGGUCCUGGCACGACGUCUGUACCGGACCUUUGUCCGUGAGGGCUUCGAUACUGUCUUCUCCGGUGAUCUCAAGUCGGCCUUUGACAAUUCGGAGGAGGCAGAGGCAGCGUUUGCCAUGUUCGACAAGGACAUGAACGGCGAUAUCUCCAUGGAGGAACUGGAGGCUGUGUGUGUCGAGAUCGGACGGGAGCGGAAAUCGAUCACCGCAUCCUUGAAAGAUCUGGACUCUGUCGUGUCCAAGCUCGAUGAUGUGUUCUUUUUCAUCGUCCUCGUCAUUACGAUUCUUGUCUUCCUGUCGUUGAUCUCUACGUCGGCUGCUGGCGUUCUCACGUCUGCCGGUUCUACAAUUCUGGCUUUGUCCUGGCUCUUCUCCGCCACAGCCCAGGAGUUCCUCCAGUCCGUUAUCUUCGUCUUCGUCAAGCAUCCUUUUGAUGUUGGUGACCGUGUGACUAUCUAUGGUAGCACCGGGGCUACCUUGACUGGGGACGACUAUUUCGUCAAGGAGAUCGCCCUUCUAUACACGGAAUUUAAGAAGAUGGAGGGUCAUGUCGUCCAGGCGCCGAACAGUUACCUCAACACACUGUUCAUCCUGAAUCAGCGUCGUUCCGGAGGUCUUGCAGAAGCUGUUCCCAUUACUAUCAAGUUUGGCACGACCUUGGAGCAGAUCGACGCCCUUCGUCAGCGACUUCUUGAGUUUGUUCGCAGCGAGAAGCGCGAAUACCAAGGCAAUAUCCUGACUGAGCUUCGUACGGUCACCGAGAACUUCUCCAUCACGCUCAAUGUCGUCUUCUUCUAUAAGUCGAACUGGCAGAACGAAUUGCUCCGUCUGCAACGCCGCAACAAGUUUAUCUGUAUGCUUAUGGUAUCGCUUCAGGAGAUUGGUAUCGAGGGACCUCGCAUGAACCUGUCUGGUUACCGUGUCGACAUGCCCGUACAUGUGACGCACCACAAUGCUCCCCCCACGUACAGUGCAGCGACCCAAGGCAGCCUACCGCCAGGCUCAGCUGGCAGCGACUUUAGUUCCCCUUCCGCUGUCCAUCCCGGUAACCCUCCUGGCUCCAGCGGUAGUAUCCGUCCCAGCCACUCCAUUCUGCGGAAGGGAAGUGACGUGGCCGCUGCUCGCGCCCGUGGCGAAGCUAUCUCGCCCCACAAACAUGUCGAUUUCUCUCUUGGUAUGCAAAAUGUGGCUGCGGAAGAUCUCAUGGGUGAUGUGUAUUCGGACCGUGGCAAUUCAAAGUACAAUGAGAUUGUUCGCAGCACCAACCGUGAAUCUGCGGAGCGACGACUACAGGAGGUUCGUGAAGAGGAAGAUCGCCAGCGUUCUUUGUCUCGACAGCGAAGCAUCCUUUCCAACCAGAGCGGCCCUCAUGCCGCAGGAGGAAUCGAGGCUCGUGAGUCUGUAGAUGCUGGUAGCCGCACCAGUUUCUCGUCUUCGGUCCGUCGCAACCGGUUCUUCCACCGCCAACCCCAGGCAGUCGAACAUGAGGACCUCAUGGAACAGGGCCGUGUUGAACAGCCCGAGCAUAUUGACCCUCGCACCGGUACCGUCUCUCGGGCGGCUGUGCGCGAUGAUUCCGUCUCUGCGGCGUCUCACCAGUACUAGGGGCCGUGAGGAUGUAUAUCCCUCCCUGUUACUCCUUUCUUGCUAAUACUUCACAUCAUAUACCGUUCUGCUUUAAUGAGUAACCAUACCCCUCCUGUGAUUAUGUUGUUGAUGUCUAGCGCUUCCUGCCCGUUGCGGCACUACGCUGUUUUUCUUCCCUCGAAAUUCUCGAUAUGAGAAUUUGUGUAUGUACAAUGUGAACGCUAUAUGUGUGAUAUGGUUUUUAAGAACUGGGCCAUCUUGUCAUGUUCAAUGUUUCAUGUCUAUUUUUCUUCUCCAAGGUCCCAUAGAAAUACUUCUUUUAGUUGGUACGCCCCAUGAGGUGCAUUUUUUUACAUGCAAGUACAGUCAGCUCCGCGCGACAGCUCGAGCAUUAUAGAGAUAGUUAGAGACUUCUGGGAAAUGAUUACUAGAGAUGAUAUGCUCUUCCAUUUUCA